UUACAUCGGAUAGAUCGUCCAAACGCGACCGAAGCCAUUGUUCAUGUACGUCCUUGUACCACAACAAGGCGGUCCUUCGUUAGUGCUUGAUUGCCGAAAAAGGAAAGGAGUCGCGGCCCAACGCAGCGCAGGAGAGAUGGACGAGGUCCGGUCACAGAUCGGCGAGGCGUUCCGUCUCGCCGGCGAGCUCAUGGACGAGCUCCCGACGACCGGGAACGACCCGGCCUACCUCGCCGCGCGCUGCCACGGCAUUGUCCACGCUUACAACACGGCCAUCCGCACGCUGCAGCACUACGGCGCCGUGGGCGCUGCCGCGCCGCAGCAGUUCGCCGGCGAGCCGCUCGACCUCCUCCACCUACGCAGCACGGAGGACUCCGGCGCGAGCCAGCUUCUCCUGGAUCCUCCGGCCCAUUUGCGUCACCUGCAGGAGCAGUUCCACAUGCCGGCCGCCGUGUUCAGCGGGCUAGCGCCACCGCAAGCGGUGCGCGCCGGGGCGGACGUCGCAGGCACGUCUGGCGGCCCGUUGAGGCGGGCGUCGACGUCGAAGUCCCCGCCGGCGGUCCAGCCACGGCAGGGCAGGAGGAGGAGGGAAAGCGGGCAGAGGGAGACGGUGAUGGUUCCCGCGCAGCGGACUGGCAACACCGAGCUGCCACCAGACGACGGGUACACGUGGCGUAAGUACGGCCAGAAGGACAUCCUCGGCUCCAAGUACCCAAGGAGCUACUACCGGUGCACCCACAAGAACUACUACGGAUGCGACGCCAAGAAGAAGGUGCAGCGCCUGGACGACGACCCCUUCACGUACGAGGUCACCUACUGUGGCAACCACAGCUGCCUCACCUCCACCAUCCCACUCUUCACCUUACCCGAUGCCACCGCCACCGCCACCACCAACUCUCCGACCGCCGCGACAGGCUCCGGCCUCGCCCCUGAAGAACUCCUCAUGGCGCCCGCCGAGCAGGCGCACUCUGCGGCGCUGUCCACGUCCAUCCACCUCGGCAUAAGUUGGAUGCCGGCAAGCCUCCAGAGCAUUCAGGCUGCCACCACGAGCGCCGGCGUUGGGAGCAGCGGCAGCGCGCAGAUGAAUGUGUCCACCGCAGGGAAGGACACGGAUUACCCGGCGCUGGACCUAGCCGACGUCAUGUUCAACUCCGGUUGUAGCGGGGGCAGCAGCAUGGACGCCAUCUUUUCUUCUCAUGAUCGACGGGAUUUCUAGAAGAACUGCUAUAGGCUGCAGGCAAAGAUCUGGACACUAUUCAUUCUAAUAUUCGUUCAUGUGGAGAAGCGGAAGCCACAUGAUCAGCGUGGUCGGCUGGUCGCCCAUAUUAACUUGAUUUAUGCAUAGCUGUAGAUAAAGUAUAGAUAUUCAUGUUUCAUUUGUUCUGUUUUAACCAUAAUUUCUUUAAGUUAGCUCGCAUGGCUAAUAAAGUGCCUUGAUAUAUAGCAUGUAUAGGAAUCGCGAGUCAAGGAAAUGACUAUUAGUCCCUUGUA